CACAGACCCCGCCCAAUAAGGGCGGAGCACCAGUCACAGUGCCCCCGCCCCCUCUCUGGAAGCCCCGCCCCCGUCGAGGCCCCGCCCGUUCCCGGAGGCGCCGCCCAGCGGAGCGGAGCGGAGGCAGCGCUGCCGCACGGCCCGGCCCGCGGAGGCGGCAGCAGCCGGGGGGCCAAGAUGUCCCACGAGAAGAGCUUCCUGGUGACCAGCGACGGCUUCGGGGGCCAGCAGCCCACGGCCCCCCCCGCCUAUGCGCAGCCCCCGUACCCCCCCGCCCCGUACCCCCAGCCCCAGUUCGCCCCCCCCGCGCCCUACAACCAGCCGGGCUUCCCGCAGGGGCCGGGGCCGUACCCCCCCGCGGGGCCGUACCCCACGGCGGGGCCGUACCCCCCCGGGCCGUACCCCCCCGGGCCGUACCCCCCCCCGGGGCCGUACCCCCAGGGCCCCUACGCGCAGCCGCCGUACGCGCAGCCGCAGCCCAUGGUCCCCGGGGACCAGGACUCCCCCCUGCACAGCACCUACCACGAGGACGGGCCCCCCUCCUACUAUGACAACCAGGACUUCCCCAGCGCGCACUGGGACGACAAGAGCAUCCGGCAGGCCUUCAUCCGCAAGGUGUUCCUGGUGCUGACGCUGCAGCUCAGCGUCACCUUCUCCUUCGUGGCCGUCUUCACCUUCGUGGGGGGCGUCAAGGGCUUCGUGCGGCGCAACGUCUGGACCUACUACGUGUCCUACGCCGUGUUCUUCAUCUCCCUCAUCGUCCUCAGCUGCUGCGGGGACUUCCGCCGCAAGCACCCCUGGAACCUGGUGGCCCUGUCCAUCCUGACCGUCAGCCUGUCCUACAUGGUGGGGAUGAUCGCCAGCUUCUACGACACCGACGCCGUCAUCAUGGCCGUGGGCAUCACCGUCGUCGUCUGCUUCACCGUCGUCAUCUUCUCCCUGCAGACCAAGUACGACUUCACCUCGUGCCGGGGCGUGCUCAUCAUCUGCCUGGUCGUGCUCAUCAUCUUCUCCAUCCUCUGCAUCUUCAUCCGGAACCGCAUCCUGGACAUCAUCUACGCCUCGCUGGGGGCCCUGCUCUUCACCUGCUUCCUGGCGGUGGACACGCAGCUGAUCCUGGGGAACAAGCAGCUGGCGCUCAGCCCCGAGGAGUACGUGUUCGCCGCGCUCAACCUCUACACCGACAUCAUCAACAUCUUCCUCUACAUCCUCGCCAUCAUCGGCCGCGCCAAGGAGUAGCGACCCCCCCGCAGCCCCGGUUCGUGCCCCCCGUCCCCCCGUAGCCGGUUCUGUUCGGUGUUCUCAUCGCACCCCUCGGUUCUCCCGUUAGAGUUUCUUUGACCCCGGGGCCCUCACGUCACCUCCCGGGCCGGGGGGGGGACAGGGGGUGUGGGGGUCCCCCAGGUGACAGCCCUGUCCCCCCGCCCCCGCUGUGAAUACGGCCCGUCCCCCCCUUGCGUUCGACGCGGACUGGAAGCACUUUGUCCCUUGUCCCUUGUCCCCAUCCCGCUCCCCGCGCACGCGCUGCCCUCGGCCCGGCCGCGCGGGCAGGCUCGGCCCCGGCCCCGGCCCCGGCCCCGGCGCGGGGACAGGACCCGCUGCUGCGCACCGCGGCGCGGCCCCCGGUCCCCUCCGCGCCCUGAGCCCCCGGCCCCCCGGCCCCCCGGCCCCGUCCCUGCCGGGGCUCCCGGCGCCCCCGGCCGCGGCUCCGUUCUGGCUCCAGCUCCUGCUGUUAAUAAACUCCCUCGAGUUCA